UAUAACCUCAAAAUUUCACAUCUCACGACCACCAAAACACCAUGCUAAAUGUUUAUUUCUUGUGGGAUAUAAUUUAAAACAUUCAAAAUGCAAGUGUUUGAGAUUGAUAAUGUCAAAAUUUAUAAUCUUAGUGCCGGAAAAUCACUUCCAGAUUGGUUAUCGGAACGAAAGAAAAGGGCACUACUGAAAAAAAAUGUAGACUUAAGGAGAAGAGUUGAAUUGAUUCAAGAGUUUGAUAUGCCAGGACUGAGCACUUCAAUCAGAGUUUCUAAAGAUGGACAGUACAUAAUGGCUACAGGAAUUUACAAACCCAGAAUUAAAUGCUAUGAUGUAAACAAUCUCUCUCUGAAAUUCGAAAGGUGUUUAGAUUCAGAAGUUGUGACUUUUGAAAUAUUGAGUGAUGACUACACAAAGAUUGUAUUCUUACAAUGUGAUCGCUAUGUAGAAUUUCAUGUUGGACAUGGCAGGCAUUACCGAUUACGUGUUCCUCGCUUUGGAAGAGAUAUAUCUUAUCACCGGCCUUCUUGUGACCUAUUUGUUGUGGGGGCUUCAUCAGAAGUAUACAGAUUAAACUUAGAACUAGGCCAGUUCUUAGCUCCAUAUGUGACAAAGGCAACUGAAAUCAACUGUUGUGCAGUGAACGAUGACCAUGGGCUACUCAUACUUGGCACUGAAAGUGGUCAUGUUGAAGCUUGGGACCCCCGGACCAAAUCCAGACAAGGAAUAUUAGAUUGUGCUUUACAUUGUACUGACUCUGAAUAUAAAAAUGAUGGUUUACCUGCAAUCACUGCUUUAAAAUUUGAUGGUGCUCUAAAAAUGGGAGUAGGCACUUCUACUGGUCAUGUACUGCUAUAUGAUAUUCGGUCCAGUAAGCCUCUUUUAGUAAAAGAUCACAUGAAUGAAACACCAAUCAAAUCAAUAGAAUUUCACAAACAAAUGGAUUAUGUUUAUUCAAUGGAUGCUAGUGUGGUAAAAAUUUGGAAUAAAAAUACUGGUAAACAAUAUACAAGCAUAGAGUCAUCUGUGGACUUCAAUGACUUAUGUGUGGUACCCAACACAGGACUCAGUAUGAUGGCAGUAGAAGACCAAAAAAUGCAAAUUUAUUAUGUUCCAUCUUUAGGCCCUGCACCAAAGUGGUGUGCUUUCUUGGAUAAUUUGACAGAAGAAUUAGAAAGUUCAGCCUCACAAACAGUUUAUGAUGACUAUAAGUUUGUAACUAAACAAGAACUAGAAUCACUUGGCUUGGACCACCUUCUUGGAACUAACUUGUUAAGGGCAUAUAUGCAUGGAUACUUUGUGGAUGUAAGAUUGUAUAAGAGAGCCAAAUCCAUUGCUGAUCCGUUUGCAUUUGAUGAAUACAAGAAACGUAAAAUAAGAGAAAAAAUAGAGCAGGAGAGACCAUCCAGGCUGAAGGUUGAUGACAACUUGCCACACGUAAACAGGGAGCUGGCCUCCCGACUUAUGGAUACUGAAAAUAGAAAAAAGAAACAAACUGGAAAUCUACUCAAAGAUGAUCGGUUUAAGGCAUUAUUUGAAAACCCUGAUUUCGAAGUGGAUAAAUCUGCUGAAGAAUACCGUCUACUCAACCCUGUGUUGUCUAGAUUAGAUAAAAAUAAGGACAAAGGCAAGGAGAGUGUAGAACCUAUGCAAGUUGAAGAACCGGAAGAUAAUGAUUCAGAUCGGGAGCUUUAUGAGUCAAGUGAAGACAGUUCAGAUGAGGAUCGCUCAUGGGUGAAAGAAGUGAAAAAACAGCACAAAAUUAUAAGACAUUCAAAACAAAAAGAAGUAGAAGAGGAGGAAAGUGAUACCGAAGAAAAGAGUGCUCCGAGAAUACCGAAUUCCAUCAGGAGUCUUACCAGAGUGAGUAAGGCAAGUUUGGGCGACCGGUUAGCGAAAGAAGGGGUGUCGACAAUGGUAUCUGGCACAGGCGGUAAUAAGGAAAUGAAAUUCAAAAUGAGAGGGAAGAAAUCAGAAUUUGACAAAAAUAAAAUAAACAAGAAACAUUUCCAAGAGAGAAAACAAAUUGUGAGGAGAACAGGAUUUUUAAUGAAGAAAAAAAUGCCGAAAAUGUUAUGACGUAGUUAAGGUUGCACUUUUGUAAUGUUAGUUCAAAUUAUAUUUUUUCAUCAACAUGUUAAAAUAAUAAACAAUAACAUAUUAUGUUA